AUGUUUACUCAAUCAAUUAAAAGGAUAACGACAAAAAGAUUCCAACACGCAGCAGCAUCAACACCAAAACAAUCCCCAAUUCCAUUCACAAAUAAAUAUCAUUUUAAUUUAAAUCCUCCACCAAUACAUGAAUAUUGGAAUAUUUAUAAUUCAUCAGUAUUAUUUGCUUUUAUACCUGUAUUUUUAACAAUAUCAUAUUUUGCUAAAGAUUUGGGAAUUGGAUUAGAAGGUAAUAAUGGAUUAUUAGAUUUUGCAAAUAGUGAACAAUCUCCUUUGAAAUCUAUUAAAUUUGGUGAAAGUCAAACUAUUCCAAGUAAAGAAUAA